AUGUAUCAAGAGGCAGAUGUAACACAAGAAGCUUCUAAAAUAGAUAAAAAUAACUUUUCCGCAUCCAUUAGUGAUCUUAAGAAGAAAAGUUUCGUAUCAGCAGCUGAUGUUCAAAAUUAUGGAGAGAGCAGCGUGACUUUAGAGUACUUGCGAGCCCAUCGUUGCUCCUUGGAUAAGCCUGAUGAGUUUUGGACUCAGGUUGGCAAUGAACUAGAGUGGACUAAAACAUGGGAUAGAGUUCUCGAUAACACCAAUCCUCCUUUUACUAAAUGGUGGGUUGGGGGUGAAAUGUCAGUUUGUCACAAUGCUGUUGACCGUCACGUGGUUAGUGGUAAAGGAGACCAAGUCGCUUUGAUCCACGAUUCACCUCUCACUAACAAAGUACGCAAGAUAACCUACAGUGAACUUCAAGAUCAGGUAUCUCGUAUUGCUGGCAAACUGUCAUCAUUAGGCGUAACGAGAGGCUCUCGGGUGUUAAUCUAUAUGCCUCUCAUUCCCGAAGCUAUUAUUGCAAUGUUAGCUACCAACAGAAUAGGAGCCAUACAUUCUGUUGUAUUCGGUGGAUUCGCCGCAAGGGAGCUGAGGACUAGGAUCGAACAUGCGGAGCCUGCUGUUAUUAUCGCUGCCAGUUGUGGUGUCGAACCGAACAAAAUAGUCAGAUACAAAGACAUAUUAGACGAGGCGUUGUGUCAAAGUUCACACCAACCAAAUACAUGUAUUAUAUACCAACGUCGGUGCGUGUUGGAGUGUGCUCUGGAAGAAGGUCGAGAUAUAUCUUGGGAGGUUGCUUUAGAGUCAGAAGCCGUGCCCUGUGUAGCAGUAGAAGCCAACGAACCUCUUUAUAUAUUAUACACAUCCGGGACCACUGAUGCUCCUAAAGGGGUACAGAGACCGUGUGGCCAUGCCGCUACUUUGUGCUGGACUAUGCAUGCUGUAUAUGGUCUUAAAAAGGGAGUUUGGUGGGCAGCUUCUGACUUAGGAUGGGUCGUUGGACAUUCUUAUAUUUGCUAUGGUCCUUUAUUAGCAGGCCUGACAUCAGUAUUAUACGAGGGAAAACCUGAUAGAACACCAGACCCAGGACAGUAUUUUAGGAUAAUAGAACAGCACAGAGUCAACGCUUUAUUUACCAUACCAACUGCAUUUCGUGUGCUAAAGCGGGCUGAUCCUUCAGCAAAAUAUGCAAGAAGAUAUUGUGGCAAAUCUCUUAAGACAGUAUUUAUGGCUGGAGAGCACUGCGAUCAAGAUACUAGAUUAUGGGCUGAACGUAUUUUCGGUGUACCAGUACUAAAUCAUUGGUGGCAAACUGAAACUGGAUCUGCAAUAACAGCUGCUUGUUUAGGUUAUGGAGUUAAGGCAGUUCCACCCCAUUCUGCAGGAUAUCCUGUACCUGGAUAUGAUAUCCGCACCUUACGAGAAGACGGCACAGAGUGUGUAGCUGGAGAAGUUGGCAGAUUAGUGGCAAAAUUACCGCUACCACCAGGUUUUGCUUCAACUUUGUGGAAAUCUGAUGAGCGGUUUAAGAAAACGUACUUCGAAUCAUAUCCUGGGUACUAUGAUACACAAGAUGCUGGUUGGAUCAGUGCCGAAGGUGCAGUAUGGGUGGUUGCUCGAGCUGAUGACGUGAUCAACGUUGCUGGUCAUCGUCUCUCAACGGCAGCACUUGAAGAUGUUGUUUUGAAACAUGCUAGAGUGGCUGAUGCUGUUGUAGUUGGCGCGCCAGAUCCCACAAAGGGUGAUGUUCCACUUUGUUUGUAUGUAAUGAGACCACCUCAAGAUGAUGAAGAGAUAAUCGCAGAGAGCACUGUUACUCAGGAACUUAUUGCGUUAGUGCGUCACCUCAUUGGACCAAUCGCUGCAUUCAGAAAAGCUGUUGCAGUACCAGCGUUGCCACGAACGAGGUCCGGCAAAGCUUUACGAGGUGCUGUUGCUAAACUGGCACGAUCCCAAUUAGUGAAAUUACCCGCCACAAUAGAAGACCCGACAGUGUUCGGUGAAAUUAAAACGGCAUUACAAAAGUUUGGAUACGCCGUUGAUGCGCCUGAUCCUGAAUUUUAGCAUUCUUAGGUAGUUAAUAUUUAUUAAUAAAAAAUACGUUACAAUUUAGUACCUA